AUGGCGUCGCAACUACCUCUACUUGCCAAAGAUGUCCCUCGGGUGGGCGUCGCAGCGAUCAUCAGAGAUGCGGAGGGAAAGAUGUUGGUGGGAGUAAGAAAGGGGUCCCAUGGAGCCGGAACAUUGCAAUUUCCCGGUGGCCACCUUGAAUUCGGGGAGGAUCCUUUCCAAUGUGCCGUGAGGGAGACGGAGGAGGAGACGGGCCUGAAGGUCGUUGCUGAGAAAGAUGUGAGCUUCACCAACGAUGUCUUUGAGGCGGAGAACAAGCACUACAUUACCCUCUUUGUCUCUUGCAAGAGGCUUGAUGAGCAGCAGAAACCCGAGAUAAUGGAGCCGCUGAAAUGCGAGAGCUGGACAUGGAUGAGCGAGGCCGACCUCAGGGUGUACAUGGCCACCGAAGACGGCAAGAAGCGACUUUUUUCAACGACCGGUUCAGGGAGCCUGGUAGUCUGA